CUAAACUUGUACAUAGCUUGAAUGAACAAGAAUUACGAGCUCGAGGGUUGGACGGGUUGGUAUCGUUCAUAAGCAAUCACUGGCGUAUCCCAAGAGAACGAACUCACUGAUGUUACCAAUUUAGCCUUGAAGCUGGUAGAAAUGCUUUUCAGCAGUUCAACUCACUUAUAAUGAAGAGAUCUACAUCAAGGUCUCAAAGUGCGACUCCGCCGCCUCGAGAAGAAUCAAGCAGUGGAUCCGUUAUCUCAAUACAAAUGCCUGCAACUGAGCAGUGGACCAAAAGCCUUGAAUCCUCAUGGCAAGAGUUACAAAAGAAUAAUAAGACAAACUAUGAAUUAUCAGAGCAAGCGCAAAAGCUUAUAGACCAUCUGAUAAAAAAGUGCCACGAUCAGGCAAAGUAUUGCGAGGAUUUCCAAACGGAGUGCAGCCAAUUACCAGAGGUUUCUACUCAAUUGAAGACAAUGACGACUCUGGCUGAUGAUCUGAAAGGAAAACUCGUACAGCUUGACAGAGAUAUUGACGAUUAUUGUAAGGACUAUGAACAGAUGGAAUUUGAAGCUUGGAAGCGAACACAAGAUCAAACCCUUCAGCAGUAUAUGUUGGAUAAAAAGGACGACUUCUUAGUGAAGGAACACACUCUUCAGCAAAAGUACGAUAUGCAUGUCAAGGAUCUUACGGCGAAAAGGAUUGAGUUGUACGAAGCAAAUUUCAAAGCAGAAAUAGAUGAUUAUCGGCAUCGACGAGAAAACCAAGUGUCUUCGCUGUAUGGAGAACGACCAAGGAUGGACAGGGUAACUCAAAGGCUUGAUAAUGUUACGCUGGAUGCGGAUGACACACACGUGCUAGAUGAUUUUCUGGGUGACGACGAUACCAAUAACAAGCCCCUAAUCAAACCCACGGCAAGAAACGAAAGUGAAGAUGAGGAUGACGAAGACGCACCCCACGAUUUAGUACAGGCAGAUGAGGAUUAUAUAUCUUCAUGAUACAAUGUUCUAUGCGACCAAGAUUGAAAAUGACAGGUGUCAAGCUGGAUGAAUGUAAAUACUAAAUAAAAAAAUCCUGUAAUUUUUCCUUUUUACAAUAACGAGCGUUUUUGUUCUUGGCCGAUCAUUUGUGAGAUGCAACCCAACAUACUGUCGUCUUC